CCCGUCGCCAUGUUUGGAAAGGGCGAUGCGUCCAUCGUGAACGCGUAAAAUGUUUCAAAUAUUAGAUAUAUUUUACAAUUUUAUUGUAACGUGGAAUACCCAAUUGUACACUGAAGAAUAAUAUAAACGGUAGUGGUGUUUUUAAAUGCGGAUGACCAAGUUUCGCGUGAAUAAUUUGUGAUUACAUGAUGAAGUGUAGGCGAUGAGUGACGAAACUCCGGGGGCAGGGCAGGGUGCUCUGCCCCCGAAGGAGGGCCAAGGUCCCCGGACCGUGGCAGAGCGCCCUACAAUGAAGCUGACACAUGUUGGAGGCCAGUUUGUUCUUACGGCACAGACACAUGGAGGAGUUCCAGCCUUGGCACAGAUAAGUCCUGGUACACAAUUAUCGACAACUCGUAUAAUAAGCAUUAGUCCAUCUAAAGUGGUACAAACAUCUCCCCUUCGACCUAGUGUAGCCAACCAAUCCAUUGUAAAUGUGCUUAAGUCAAGACCACAAGCCUCCAAUAUACGCUUACAGUUAUUUUCCGGUGAUAGUGCCAAUUUUCAGCAGCAUUCUGCUCAUUCGAGGACAGUAAAAAGGUCUUUGUCACAGCCAGAAAGAAAAGACACCUAUGCUGCCAAGUUGCAGAGGGUUAUGAACCAUAGGAUUGUUCGAUCUAAAUUGGUGAAAGAAAAAUACAGUGAACAUCUUUUGGAGGCAUUUUACUUAGAUACGGGCGGCAACAUUCUGGAUCUGUACCAGUACGCCAAAAGGCCGAAAAGUCAGGCGUAUUUGAACUAUUUGAAAGAGCAUGCCAUCGACCCGAGAGAUUGUGCGGAGGAGCCGAGCACCUUUAUUCCUCAAACGACUCCCUCGACCCCUACUGCAACUGCAGUCAGUUCUUUGCCUGGCAUGUCCCAUUCAUACAGUCCUGCGCCCUCGUCUUCAGAAACAACACCUUCGCAAAACAAAACCGCUUCUGUUAAUAAAAACAAAGCAUCUGGCAACUAUACGCCAACCUCUAAUCAAGAACAAAUUGUAGAAAAGGCCAAGCAAGAAGCGUAUGUAGUUCAGCGAAUAGCUGAUCUACAAAAAGAGGGGCUAUGGUCAGAGAAGCGGUUGCCAAAGGUGCAGGACAUGCCAAGAUCAAAGGCCCACUGGGACUUUCUUUUGGAAGAAAUGGUGUGGCUGGCCGCCGAUUUUGCACAGGAACGCAAGUGGAAAAAGGCAGCGGCAAAAAAAUGCGCCAGAAUGGUGCAAAAGUACUUUCAAGACAAAGCACUUGCAGCCCAGAGGGCAGAAAAGGCCCAAGAACAAUAUCUCAGGCGGAUAGCUUCGUUUUGUGCGAAGGAAAUCAAAAAUUUCUGGAACAACGUGGAAAAGUUGGUUGAGUAUAAACAAAACACCAUCUUGGAAGAGAAGCGUAAGAAGGCACUAGAUCAGCAGCUUAGUUUUAUUGUGGACCAGACGGAAAAAUAUUCUCAGUUGUUGGCCGAAGGUAUGAACAGACCCUCCAACGAGAUUCCCUCCAGCAGCACGAAAUCGUCACGUUCGGUGUCGCGAGCGCAUUCGGACGAGGAGUUCGAGCCGGAGACGCAGAGCGACGAGGACGACGAGGAGACAAUUGAGCAGGAGGAGGCAGCUGCAGUCGAAUCGGCCGAACAGACCGAAGAGAUUGCUGCCCUGCAGCGCGAAUCUCAAAUGGAGCUCGACGACUUACUCGAAGACGAUCUGCUGAGGAACUAUCUGUUAAAUCGCGACAAUAUUCGAAUGAGCGAGUCGGAUGACUCGGAUUCCGAAUCUGAGAAACCGAAAAGCAGAAUCAGCAAAAAAGGUAAGGAAGACAGUAAAACUCCAUCUGAGGCGUCUGAAUCUUCCAAAGAGGAAGAAGAAGAAGACGAAGAUGAUGAUGAUGAUGAGGAGGAGAGCGAAAACGAAACUGAGCAUUCGGACGGUGCGGAAAAGAACAAUGAACAUGACGAGUUGAAAAUGCUCGUGGAAGAUAAUAACGAGGGAGAAGCUACAAAGACUGAGAAAAACGACGACCUUAUUAACGAUGCCGCAGCCAUUGCGGAAAGUAUUCAGCCCAAAGGGAACACUCUGUCUUCCACGAGUGUUUCAACUAAAGUACCCUUCUUACUCAAGUUCCCUUUGCGAGAAUACCAGCACAUUGGCUUGGACUGGUUGGUCACUAUGUUUGAUAGGAAACUGAACGGAAUCCUGGCCGACGAAAUGGGAUUAGGGAAAACCAUUCAGACCAUUGCUCUUUUGGGACAUUUGGCAUGUGAGAAGGAGAAUUGGGGACCCCAUUUAAUAGUCGUUCCCACUUCUGUAAUGCUCAAUUGGGAAAUGGAAUGCAAAAAGUGGUGUCCAGGGUUUAAAAUUUUAACUUAUUAUGGCACUCAGAAAGAAAGAAAAAUGAAGAGAACUGGUUGGACGAAGCCGAACGCUUUUCAUAUUUGCAUCACUUCCUAUAAACUGGUUAUUCAAGAUCAUCAGAGUUUUAGAAGAAAAAAGUGGAAAUAUUUGAUUCUGGAUGAGGCUCAAAACAUUAAGAACUUUAAGUCACAGAGGUGGCAGCUACUGUUGAACUUCCAAACCCAACAGAGACUUCUACUGACUGGUACACCAUUACAAAACAACUUAAUGGAACUCUGGUCACUUAUGCACUUUCUUAUGCCCAAUGUAUUCCAGUCUCACAGAGAAUUUAAAGAAUGGUUCUCAAAUCCUGUCACUGGCAUGAUUGAAGGAAAUUCUGAAUACAAUGAAAGCAUAAUCAAGAGACUGCAUAAGGUUUUGCGACCAUUUUUACUAAGACGCUUGAAGUGUGAAGUUGAAAAACAAAUGCCAAAGAAAUAUGAACAUGUGGUCAUGUGUAGGCUUUCAAAACGUCAAAGAUUCCUAUAUGACGACUACAUGUCUAGAGCAAAAACAAGAGAAACCCUCGCCAGCGGUAACCUACUGAGCGUAAUAAACGUACUAAUGCAAUUAAGAAAAGUGUGCAAUCAUCCCAAUUUGUUUGAAGUCAGACCAACGAUUUCGCCUUUCCAAUGUGACAGUAUUAGUUUGCACAUACCCUCGCUGGUUUAUUCUUGCAUUGAUUAUGAUGUUUUUAAGCAUGUCAAUCUAUACUCAAUGAAUCUCCUACUGAUUAUGUAUGAAAUGCACUUGAGCGCCUAUCAGUGUUAUAGGAUGCGCGAAAUGCGCACUCCCAAGAGCGUGCUCGAGAAUCAAGAGAUGCUGCGCGAACCCCAGAUCCCUCCGGGCAAAAUGAAUAUGCGCGUCGUUAAGGCUAGUGACGGGAAAUUGGAGAAAAAAGAUCUUUCCAAACAACCGCCCGGCGUUAAGGUUAAAGUUACGCCUCAAUAUGGGGUGCAGCUGGUGUCGCAACAGGGCAUUGUCAAAACUAUUCCGGUAGUGAGUAUAGCUCAGCCAGCUUCAGGCAGCCAAACUAUGCCUACGGCUUCCUUGUUAAAAACAUCCGAUAAAAUUAGCGCAAGUUUCGCACAGCUGGUGCAAACAUCAACCGGUAAACAUUUAUUGCUAACUUCCAACCCUAAUAUAGCCGCUAAUAUCCCCGUAGCUACGACUCAAGGCGGGCAAAAAUUAACGUUGUUAUCGAAACAACCGGUUUCAACGUCGGGUAAUGCCGGUCAUCCAGUAACAAAGGCGUACGUAAAGUUUCACAUUACGUCGGUCGGCACCACCACAACCACGUCGACUGUAACCACGUCGAACACUCAGAACACCGUUGAGAGCAAAGAGGACGCGAAAGAAGAGAUCACGAAGACGGUGGGCGCUAAAUUCAUAGAACAGCUUUACUCCAAACAAAAUAGCCUGGACGUGCGAUGGGGCACCGAGGAGAAAUCGAUACCGAUACCGGGUGAGGAAGAUCCGAACUCGGAGCGAAGUAGGCGUUUCGAAAUAAUGGCGCGAGUCAACGAAAAACGGUGCACGGCCUUGCCGCUUUACGGUCGGGAUUUCCAAGAUUCAAUCAAAAUCUUUAAUCCUUGCAAAUCAAACACAUGGGUCAGUGGCAGGAUCCAUUGUUUAAAUACUUUGUACAAUGAACAUGUUGCUGAGUUGACCUACUGUCUUGCUGAUAUGCUGUAUAGGCCUGAGAGGAGAAUCGAACAACUUAAAGGCACAUCUGACAGGUUUAUUUUCUACGUUCCACCCGUAAAAUCAUCCGAUCCGGAGCUUCAAGUGUGGCAUCCACCGCCUAGCAAAUACUGGGGCCUAAAAGAGGAGAGGCAGGUUAUUCAGAAAAUCUUUUCGAAGCCCGCCACUCCUCUACACCACAUCGCUUCCGCUAUGGUCACGCAGUUCCCCGAUCCGCGCCUGAUCCAGUACGAUUGCGGAAAACUGCAGACUUUGGAUCGGUUGCUGCGCGAUCUUAAACACGGCGGCCACCGGGUCUUGAUAUUCACGCAGAUGACGAAAAUGCUGGACGUUUUGGAGGCCUUUUUAAAUUUCCACGGCCACAUCUAUCUGCGUUUGGAUGGUACCACCAAAGUUGAUCAGAGACAGCUUUUGAUGGAGAGGUUUAACGGCGACAAAAGGAUAUUCGUUUUCAUUUUGUCCACCCGCUCUGGCGGCGUAGGCGUCAACUUGACUGGCGCAGAUACUGUGAUAUUUUACGAUUCCGAUUGGAAUCCGACAAUGGACGCGCAGGCUCAGGAUCGUUGCCAUCGUAUCGGUCAAACCCGUGAUGUCCACAUCUACCGGUUGGUAAGCGAAAGAACAAUAGAAGAAAACAUUCUUAAGAAGGCCAAUCAAAAGAGACUACUCGGUGAUUUGGCGAUAGAGGGCGGUAAUUUCACCACUGCAUACUUUAAGAGCUCCACAAUUCAAGAUUUGUUCAGCAUCGACCAAAGCGAGGAGAGCGCCGCCAAUCGGAUGUCCGAAGUGGUUGAAGGUAGCAAAGAUCGCGAGAAACGACUUGGUGCAGAUAACCGCCCGCCUGCUGCCGCCGCCGCCCCCACUUCUGGCAGCGGUGACGAGAAAGUUGCGAUGGGAGCUUUGGAGAAUGCCCUGGCCGCCGCGGAAGACGAUCAAGACGUGCAGGCGGCACGUACCGCCAAAGCGGAGGCGGUCGCUGAUUUGGCAGAGUUCGACGAAAACAUUCCGUUGGAAGAACAGGAUAAGGAUAAGGAACCGGAGAUGAGCAAGGCCGAACAAGAGAUAGACAAUGUUAUCAAAAAGCUGUCGCCAAUAGAAAGGUACGCCAUGCGUUUUAUUGAGGAGACUGAGGUCGCGUGGUCGGCGGAGCAGCUGGCGGCGGCGGCCCGAGAAAUUGAAGAACAGAAGCGCGAGUGGGAGCUGAACCGGGUGGCAGCCAUGAAGGAGGAGGAGGAAAGAAGAGCUCGGGAACUCGAGGAGGAAGCCGACAUAAUCACCUUCUCCAGAGAGGACGCCACCAAUCAGGUUAGCAAUAGUAAAAGUAAAAAGUUUAAGGCUAGAAAAGGGGGCGGCGGAAAGGUAAACGCCGCCACCCCGCCGCAGCAGCAGCAACAACAACAACAAAAGCAAGCGCCAAAGUUUAAAAAGAGAAAAAUGAUUAUCAGAACCAGGACCGUCAGCGAAGCCGCUAAGGAAGACAAAGUUGUUAGCAGGCGUGGUAGAUCGAAACGUUUGUCUAUGAAUGAUUCGAAAAUAAACACUGACGCCGAUGAUAGUCAAGAUACAACAGAAAAUAUCGAUUCGAAUAAAUUGAACGGUGACACGGAUUCCAAUAGCAUGGAUUCGGUUGAAUCCGAGUCGGAUAUGACGCUGGCCUCUCUCAAAGGUCCUCCAGUAAAUCACGUUCAUCACAACUCUCCCAGAACCAGAUCCAGAGGUACAGUGGCUAUAAACUUAUGGACAUUAGAUGUUAGCCCAAUUUUACCCAGCACCACUAAAAAUAAGAGCUUGCAAGGCAACCAUUCGGCGGUAAAACGGUUAAAAGCCACCAGUGUCGAGAAAGACGAGGUUCUCAAGGACGAUAAAGAUAAAAAAAGCGUUAAAAGAGUAAUAUUAGAUGAAGAUAAUGAAAGGAUUUUGAAUGCAAUUGAUAAACCUAUCACCAAAAAAAUUAAGACUGAUGAUUCAAAAACGGCCCCAAAAAUUAGUAUGAAAAGCAAAACCUGUUAUGUAGUAUUAAAUGAUAUUGUAGCUGAAGGCCAAUACAAAAUUCCAAUGGAAGUAGAACCAGCAGAAUCACAUAUUGAUAAACUUUUAAACAGUGAAGAAAGUUAUAUCGAUGCAUCCAGUACUGAGAAACAAUCCAAUGUGGAAAAAGUAAAUGAAGAAAAAGAUAAUAGUGAUAAAAAUGAGACUUGUGUUGAUCAAGAUGAAAAAACGGCAAUUUUGGGCAAAUCUAGUGUCGAAACCGAAAAACAAUCCAAUGUGGAAAAAGUAAAUGAAGAAAACCAAGUAGAAAAAACGGCGAUUUUGGGCGAAUAUAGUGUCGAAACCGAAAAACUUCCUCAUGCAUCUGAGCCAAAAGAUAACCUAGACAAGUCUAUAAAUGAAACAACAGAUAAUCAAGAGGUGUCUAAGAAUGAAACACAACAAGAUUUUGCUACCUCAGAUGAUUCCAGUGUUGAAGACAAGCCUAGCAUCAAGAUUAAAGACCAGUUAGAGAACAUAAGUCAAGUAGAUUUGGUUACAAAUUGUUCUGAAACAAAAAACAACCAAGAUGGGUCAAGUGUAAAAAUAAACGAGUCUAGCAUUGAUAUUAAAGAUUGUGAGAAAGAGUCUUGUAUUGAAAUAAAUGAUAAUAAAGACCAGUCAAGUACCGAAACAAAGCAAAAUCAAGACGAGUCUAAGAACGAAAUUCUAGAAGAAUCGGUAACAGAUUCAAAAUCGACCACAAUAGACGAGUCCAAUGCUGAAAAAUCGACUUGUGAAACUAUAAACGCCGAAGUAAUAGACAUAUCGUCGGACAUGUCGAUACAGUCGGAGGAAAAAGUCGACGAUACUUUCGACGAAACCGUCGAACCUGUCGAGGUUAUCGAUUUGGUGAAAGAUGAUGACGAGGAUGACGACAAAUUAAAGGAAAACAUUGAAAGCACAAACAUUCCCAACAACGACGGCAAAUCUAGUCACUCGAUAACCGAUAACAACGGCAUAGACGGCAACGUCGCAGUCGUCAAGAGCACAGCUAACCGAAAGCAAAAGAGCGGCAGUUUUAAGUCGCCUGAUUGUCGCAAGAGCUACAAGAAAUUCAACAAGGCUAACAACAAAACGUUGGACUGUUGGCUGACGAGGUCGCCGAAAAAUGUCAAAAAAUCCGACGACGACGACGUCGAUAAUAAUGACGAUAACAACAGCGUCGAGGAGAACGACGAGGCUCCGAUCGGUAAGCGAGCGAUAUCGGAUGCCGCAGACUUGAACGAUUCUGAAUCGGAUCAGAAAAAAAUCAAGUCCAAUUAAAUUUAAUCCUACUGAGAUUUUAAGUAUUCUGUCAGUAGUAACCAGUGCUGCAUAAACUUAAUUUUAUUAAAAACGUUUAACCAACGCGAAUGUGAAAAUGUGAUCUAGGUUUAAUUAGAGAGUUAUAUAAUUGUACAUAUAUACAUACAUAAAUAUAUUUAGAGUUAUAGUUUUUUUACACAAUGGACAAUUUUUAAUUCGGAAGAAUCUGUAAAUUAUAUCGAAUGAAUGUGUACAUGUUUGUCGGAAAAACACGCGAAAACCAUGUGAUCCAUUUCAUUGUUCUCGAGGAAAUAUUGUCCCCAAUUUUCCAUUUAUUUUAUUUAUUAUUUAUCAGUUUCAAUUAUUACGCUAUGACUUCUCUUUAUUUAUAUUGAUAUAUUUUUUAAUGAUUAACUUCUUGUUUUUAACUAUUAAGAUACCGAAAAUAAGGAAAAGCUAUGGUGUAAAAAUUGUUUUAUUUUUCAAAAUGAGUUCAUCAUACAAAACAACCGGAUAAUCAUUUAAUUUUGCUGUACUGAUCGUUUAAGAUGUUUUUUUUAACCGGUCGUGUUCUAUGUCUGACUCAUUUGGCACAUAUUGUUUCAUACAAACUUGUAGCUUGUAUACUCGAGUUUAACGUGGGAGGAAUCGAAAAAUUACUAACUAUUAUUUUAAUUUUUACAAUUCACAUUUCUGAAUGCCUCCGACGUUGUACUGCAAAUCGAAACAAAAAAAUUAACAAAUCAGAAUGGCCAUGUACAUAGUUAAGAAAAAAAUUGAAAAAAUAAAGAAGUUCUCUUGCGAAUAUUUUGUUUGUUUCAUGCGGGGUGGACGCGGGUUUUGGUGCCUUCUUGCUCCGACGUCCUAGUGCAGCGGGCACCAAAACACUGCCCCCGCUGGACACGAGCAAGGGGGCUUCUUUAAUUUUCAAUCAAAACCCGCUACCCACCUCUAAACACUGAUCUUAACCCAAAAACCCUAAAAAAAGCAAAAAAGAAACAUUUAAUCAGAAGUGGUUGUUUACUGAAACAUCAUUAAAAUGAGCAAAACAUGGUACGUAUAAAGUUUACAUUCACAAAUUCCUAUCUAUAUCCUACCAAACACCCCCACCACAUUCUUCUUACAUGUGCUAUUCAACAAAAUUACAAUUAUUUAUUAGAUAAAUAAGUAAAAAUAAAAUAACAAUUUUAUUAUUUCGAAUAUUUUUCUAAAUAUUACAGAUCUGGGUCUCAGACAAUACAAUGGAUAAAAUGCCGAUGUGGUGUCCACCCACUCCUCCUCAACAAGACACAGACGUUUACAUUGACCAGACAAUGGGUUUUCUAUACGAUACGAACGUGAUGUCGGAGACCCAACUACCGCCAAUCUACGUUAAGAAAGAGUCCAACAAGCGAUCGCGUCUCGAGGCCGGCCUCGUAGAUAGCAGACGGGCCUCGAAACUGCCCAGAAAAGAGGAGUCCACGAAUGCGCCAAAAUCCCUGUUCCAUUCCGCCACUUUGAUGAAACAGCGUAGGGAGAUGAAGAUGCAGAAGUUUAGAGGAUUGGGUGUGCGACCUCCGAUGACGCUACCCGGCAAAUCGAACAUCAUGAAGCCGGCGGUCGACCAAACUCCUUGUCAUGAUUGGACCAUUCACGAGGAUGUGGCAAUCCUAAAGGUCAUACAGAACUUUCAAGGCCUACCGUUGAAUUUGUUCGUUUCCUCGCCCGGUCACACUCCGAAUUGGGAUUUUGUAGCCGACUACGUGAACACCGUCUCGAUUACGUAUCGCAGUGCCAAACAAUGCAGGCAAAGAUACGAAACGGUGUUGAUGCAGCGAGAAGAAGGCAAACAGAUAUUCGAUAACUCGCUGAGAAAGAAAAAGAAAGCCGGCAGCUUGCAGAAGUUCACGUUGCCUCAAAAGUCUAGCCGUCCAAUGCGCACGUCCCAGCUUUAUAUACAAGAUAAUAACACUACGUUCUCCCAGAUUAUGAUUGAAAAAAAUGACGCGCUGAAGGCAAUAACCAACAAACGUCUUCCAACAACUCGCACCGUAUCCGCUAAUACAAACAAAAACAACAAACAUUCGACCGUUUUGAGUGAGUGCGGCAUCGAUAUCGACCAUCCGGUACUACCGGUCGAAGUGGCCGCUCGCAGGGCGGAGCGCAUAGCCAAGGAAAAGAAGUCAAUGACGCCCGAACAGCGCAUGCAACUGAUGAAGGGUUACGUGGGGGCCCAGCAGGCGGCGGUCGCGGCGCAACAGCAGAACUCCGCUGCCAUCGUCGGUCAGCCUGGCUCUUCGGGCACUGCUGUCGUGGUGGCGACAGGUUCUUCAGGCGGACAGGUCGUCGUCAGUCAGACGCCCACCAUCGUAACCGCGGUCACUACUGUGGGUGCUACUCCUGGUACACCUCCAAAUAUGGCUCGUGCUCCUCGAUUAAUCGCUUCUCCCCUGCCAAAUCAAACGGUCGUGUCAGUAUCAUUAGCAGGCAUGAGUCCGGCUCAGCUGCAAGCUGCCGCCGCCGGCCGUCUUAUCGUGUCCGCCGCCGCUGGCGGUCAAGCUAAGGCGGUUGUGGGGGCGGCAGGUGGGCAGGGGGUCGGUCAAGGAAAGCAGUUUGCGCAUCAGCAGCUUAUGAUAAAAACUGCGACCAAGAAUCAGUUGCGCUUGCACGCUGCGUCUCAGCAGGCUGGAGUUAAAACGUCUACCGUUACUAUUGGCGGACAGCCUGCUGUGGUGCAGUUUACGCAGGCGCAGCCGAGAGGUGCGCAAUUUGUAAGACAAGCUGCUACGGUGGGCAAAGGAAUCCAACGUACUGUCACUGAAAGCGAGAUGCAGCAACUUUUGCUAAGGAAAAAUCAGCUGCAACAACAGAAGUUGGCUAUUCAGCAAGCUGCCGCAGCAGCUGCGGCAGGUGGUUCGGCUUCAGCUAGUGGUCAAGUGACGACCGGUACGGUGCAAGGCUUGCAAGGACAAGUUUAUGCUCAAACAAUUCAACAGGCUGGAUCAUCAGGUACACCCAUAGCCACUCUGGUCAAAGCAGUAUCCACCGCUGGAGGAACUCAAACGGUGACAAUUCCCGUAACCGGAGUGACACUGGCCACGCCAGGUAAAUCGAUAACGCCAACGUUGAAGAUGGCAAACAGCCAACAACUUAGACAACUUCAGAUGCAGCAUCUGAUGAAACAAAAUAAAUUGAACCCUCAAAAGUUAAGCGUCGCUCAAAUAGGCGGCAAAAAUAACAUGCAAACGCAGCUGAUCGUGGGAUCUAAACCUCUACCGACCACGAUGCAGUUCAUAAGAUCGCCCAUGGGCGUGUCCCAAGGUCCUGUGGUGCUAGCCAAGGGAUCGCCUAGGAUGAUACCCGUCAACACUGCGCAGGGAGGAAAGCAACAAACUAUACAGUUUUUUUCGCAGGUGGUAACCGCUUCUUCUCAGAGCCUGAGCACCGCUUUGCGACCUCAGGGCUCUUCGUCGACUCUAGCUGGCGCCCUGACCAGCAUUAAGGUGCAGCCAAGCAAUUCCAAUCAGGCCCACCAGGCCAUUUUAUCUCAGGUAUCCGCGGCCCUUCAGAACCAAUCCGCCGUCAGACAGGGCAGUCCUGUUCGCAUACAGACCGCCAGCGGGGCGCCCAUCGUUGCCGUUAGCAUGCAACAGCAACAGGGCAACGUUGCCGCGACGGUGGCGACGACCACGGCCGAACAUGUAAGUAGGUUUUUGAAGAAGUGAGAAACACGGUAUUGCUUUAUUUAAUAUUUCCUAAAAAACAGAUUAAUAUUUUUAUUAGGGAUUAACUUGCUUGUAAAUUUUAGUUUGUUUUUAUAACAUCUUGUAUUUUAUAAAUGGUAUAAAUCAAUCAAAAAAUAUUUAUCCUAACAAAUAUACGUUAUACAACAUUUUAUAAUUUUUUAGUUUGCUUUUUACACCAUUUUACAUGAAUUCGAGUAUAUUUAAAUUUAAUUAAAUGUAGAUAUUAGAAUUAAUAUUUUUUCAUGAGAAAAAUUUUAUGUUUGUUUAUCUUCAAACAUGUGCUGUGAUACUAAAAACAAUAUUUUAUAAAGAAAUAUUUUCUCAGAAGUAUUAUUAGUAAUUUUUAGUAUGGUGUGUAUGUUUGGUUUUUCUUUGUGCUGUGACUGAUUUAUUUCUGUACAUUAUUAUUUUCUAUCAAUGUUAUGUCACAAAGAAACUUAUUUUUAAUAAGUGUAAAUAGUUUGUAUAAAAACAUUGUAAUAGACUUUAGUUUGGAUAAAUAAAUUAUAAUUUUUUCAUAA